AUGGCGUGGCCGUGUAUCAGCCGGGCGUGUUGUAUCGCUCGUUUCUGGAACCAAUUAGACAAGGCCGAUAUUGCUGUGCCCUUGGUGUUCACGAAAUACUCCGAGGUUACCGACGGAUCAGCCCCCCAUCCGAGCCAAUUCCGAGCCCCGGGGAUUGAAGCCCAGCCCGUGGGAGGCGAUCAGGAUAACGGGAAUUACAGAGGCAGUAGAGAGGAGUUACCUGAGAAAAAGCCUGGACUGGGUAUUGAUACCUCGAGGCGGGAGUCGGUCAUGAGGCAGGACUACCGUCCCUGGAAGGUCCGCCCCGAGCCCAGCUGUAAGCCCAAGCAGGAGUACACCCCGACCGACACCCCCUUUGAGAAGGAGACACAGUACAAGAAGGAUUUCAAGGCAUGGCCCAUCCCCAAGAGGAGCGACCAGCACCCCUGGAUUCCCAAGGGGGAGAGAGGGAGCCAGACCCCAGUGCCCAGCGGGGAGGAGCCCGGUGGAUCAGCAGCGCCAAUGUCAGCCGGGACGGCGGCCGUGCAGGACCCUGCAAAGGGCAAAGCUGCAGACGCUCUAAACAGGCAGAUCAAAGAGGACAGAGGGACGGCCACUUCGUACAGGAACGAGUUCAGGGCCUGGACAGUGGACGUCAAACCCACGAAGGCCAUCAAGCCCAAGCAAACGUACCACCCUCCGGAGGCGAAGGUCGCCCAUGAAACCAGUUACAACACCACCUUCAGGGGCCAGUUCAGUAAGCGGCCAGAGAUGAUCAAGCCGGGGACAGCGGACUCCAAGGGUCCAGAACGCAGGAUACGCAGCCUCUACAGCGAGUUCUACAGAGAGCCAGCCAAGCCGGAGAAGCCCAGCACCCAGAUAUCGAAACCAAAAAAGCCGUCCAGCCAUAAAACGCCUCGCAAAGCCAAAGAGAAACACAGCACAUCUAGCCGGGCGGUGAAGAAAAAGGCAGCCGAGAGCACACCACCCACCAACCCGGAGGAAGGCGAGAAAAACCAGGAGAUCAACAACAAGUUAGCCGAGGCGAAAGAGUGA